AUGUCUCGACCUUCAACCAUCGAAAUUCAGUCCAUUCGUGAUGUCAACGAUCUUUUUGGUGUUAAAGAAAGUCGUCAAUUGUUAUCUCUUGCAAAUGUGUUAGAUGGAAUACAAUAUGUUAUGAACUAUCGCCUUAAAGGCGGUAGACUUCCAAACUUGGAUUUUGAAAUAAUGAAACGUUUAUGUGAAGGACUAUUAUUAAAUAUGUCCUAUAUGGAGGGUGGAUUGCUAAAACGAAAGAUGACUUUGGAGGCUAAUAGAGCUUUCAUCCUCUUUGGAGAAUUUAUGGAAGAAGUGGAAGAAUUUCGUCAAGCUGUUCGCGAAAAAAAUGUUUCCGAUCUUUAUCAUGCUCUUAAACUUCAUCGUCGAUGUAAAGAUGUUGAUCCAACAGUCAAACAAUCUGCAGUUGCCAUAAUAUACAUGUUAACGAAUUGGUUUCCACAGUUUUCGGAUUGGCGUGAAUUGGUAAAAGAGGAAGAACAAGGUGAUGUUGAAAAAUUGAUCAAGGAGUUCACCGAUGUAAUUAAGAAACCUAGAAUGCCAUCACUUCAUGGCGUUGCAUUACCUCCUCCAU